ACAGGAACAAUGGCCACUGGGAGCCGUCCCUCCGAGGUGAUAGAGAGAGAACGAAAAAAGUUACUGGAAAUCCUCCAGCAAGAUCUCGAUUCCAUCUUAGAUUCGUUAACCUCUCGGAGGCUGAUUUCUGAGGACGAGUAUGAGACUCUGGAGGGUAUUCCAGAUCCUCUGAAGAAAAGUCGGAAGCUGUUGAUUUUGGUCCAGAAAAAGGGAGAAGACAGUUGUCAGCAUUUUCUCAAAUGUUUAUUUAGUACUUUUCCGGAGUCAGAGACGAUUUGGGGCUUAAGGCACGAAUUUUUAAGACAUGAGAAUAUAGAACCUCCUCCAUCCACAGCGGUGAGCAAGAGUCCUGAGGGUCUGUUUUCCCCAGCAGAGAAACAGCCUGAGAAUUCUGAGAUCACAGUGUGCUUCGAAGAGACAGAACACGCGGAUUUGGAAACCUCUGAGAUGUGCAUGGACAAGAAAACUAGUCAUAGGGAAAAGGCUUGGUCCCCAAGGGAAGACGAGAAGGAACACGGCACCCCAGCAGUCCCGAUGCCACGUUCGGUGGAGAGUGCUGACUAUGACGUUUCAGAAACCACUGAUUAUUUACAGGACGGACAGAGAUAUGAUGAGCCCGAUGACUCUUUAUACUUAGGACAAGAGGACUAUCUAGAAUUGGUUGUAUACUCCGAAGACGAAGGAAGCCCUGCAGAGGAAGAGGAGGAUGAUGACCCAGAGGACCUUGUCUAUGAUGGCGAAGAGGACCCUGCGUAUUCAGAAACCACGGAGUUCUCUGGUGAAGAACAGAGCUAUGAUGACUCAGAAACUGGCAUGUCAUUGGAGGAAAAGGAGGAGAAAAGUAUGGAAGAAAGAAAAAAGGUGUUUCAAGAUGUCCUGUCGUGUUUGAACCUGGAUAGGAGCAGAAAGCUUCUGCCCGACUCUGUUAAACAGUUCUCCUUGGAUCGAGGAUGUGAGUGGACACCCGCAACUCCGGGAGACUUAGCCUGGAACUUCCUGGUGAAAAUUCAAGCACUGGAUGUGACGGCCGGAGACUCGAGCCUUCGACACGAGGUUCUGUGUGAGGACAGCAAAGGGGACUUGCCAAGUGGAGCAGAGAAUCUGGAAACGAGGGACAUCCCCACCGUGCACCCCCUGGACGUGCUUUGCGCGUCUCUGCUGUGCGCAGACAGCUCCCUGCAGCACCUGGUCAUGUCGGGCCUGCAUCGAUGCCGGUCUGCUCUCCCCCUGCUGCUGCCAGACGCAGAGAACAGCAGAGCCAUCCUGCUGCUGGGGGCCAUGCAGGACCUUGUGAAGGAGCAGCCAGCGCAGCCUUCAGGAGGCCCGGCGGGGGAAGCCGGAAGGUCUCUGGCUCUCAUGAAGACGCCUGUUAUCUCUUUUGUGCGUCUAGGAGACUGUAGCUUCUCCAAGUCCAGAAUCCUCAACACACUGCUCAGCCCUGCCGGCUCGAAGCCACACCAAAUCUUCCUCCACCAGGACCGGCCUGUUCCGGCGCCUCCCCGGCGGAUCUCCGACGGCCUGGUGCAGGUAGCGUGGUGCUUUCCUGCCGGCCACAGUCCCGAGGCGGACCCUUGUGUUUUCCAAGAGCCUGUCGCUGUGGCCAACCUUCGUGGAGAUCUAGAAAGCUUUUGGACGCAGUUUGGUUUCCUGAUGGAAGUUUCCUCUGCGGUGUUUUUUUUCACUGACUGCCUGGGUGAGAGGGAGUGGGACCUGCUCAUGUUUCUAGGAGAGGCUGCCAUCGAAAGAUGCUACUUCGUCCUCGGUCCCCAGGCCAGGGAGAGUGAAGAGGCUCAGAUUUUCCAGACGAUUCUGAAGUUGAAGCCAUCACAGCUACUGUUUUGGGAAGAAGAAGGAGCUGAGGAGAAAGGGAGGAACAUGAAGGGCCUCUGUGCUGCCCUCAAAGAAGUAAUGUCCUUGUCACUCAGACGUGUGUCUGUGGAGGACAUGGCCUCCCUGGCCAGGGAGUUGGGGAUCCAGGUAGACCAAGACUUUAAGGACAUUGAAGGAAUUCAAGUUUCCCCGGGUGAAGACGUGGCUGGAGCAGUUGAAGGUGAGGGACAGCAGAGACACAGGCAGCCAGAAGGCCCCUCUGCGGGCCCCGCGGGGGAGCCUGGGAGGGAGCCUGGGAGGGAGCCUGCAGCCGCAGGCCAGAUUCGUCAGGACGUCCACCUGCCCCCCGGGCCCAGGCCUUCUGUGCAAAACCCCGGUCCUUUCCCAGUCGGACUUGGAGACCACUUGAACCGCGUUCCUUGGGAAGCCCCUUGGAUGAUGCACUUCCACUUUGGGUCAGAGCAGAAGUCUAAGUGGUUCUGUCCUCCACCCUUUCAGAAGUCAGGGGUCCGUCGUCAAGGUAAAAGUUGUGGGGUUCAGUACUUCCAACCCCAGAGAUUUUGUUCCGGUGAAAGGUUUAUGAAAUUUUCGAGGCCUGCUCGGGGACGUCACGGUGAUGGCCUGCUUGGGAGUCCACCAAAACCCUUUUGUCAGCGGGCACAGGCCUGGCCGGGCAGGUGGCAGACAAGGGCAGCUUGCGAAACGCCUGCCACAGUGGUCUCCCAGCUAGUUCACUUCCAUUCACAGCCAUCAGGACCAGCCGGGAAGCCACAGCCUCGGCAAGGCCAGGCCCAGGGAGCACCACCGCCGAAGGCAACCGGAAAACCGGUGAGAACAACACCUCACACUGUGAAUCCUCACUCUGGAGCCUUUCAGCCAGCAGGAGUCAUGCAAAGACCCCCCAGGCCCCCCUUUCAACAGGGAUUCAAGCCGAAGAUACAAGGUGGUCCUUUAAAUCCAGCUGGCCUAAUGGGACCUCACCCCAUGUCUAACAACAGAUUUGUACCCAGCUCUCCGUUCAUUCAGCCCAAGCCCUUCCAGGGCAAGCACCCCCAGCCCAAACCCUCCCAACCUGGGCCCUCCCAACCCAAACCCAUGCAGACAAAACCCACUCAGCCCCAGCCCUCCCCAGCUAGAGGCUCUCCGUCCAAACCCACACAGGCCCAGCCCCCCCAACCAUGCCCCCCCCAGUCCUUGCAGUCUAGGCCUGCGCAGCCCCGACCUCCUCAGCCCCAGUCAUCGCAGACCAGACGUUCGCAGGCUAAGGCGUCCUACUCCAGAGCAGGGCCCAGGAGGGGAGGGAAGCAUUGAAGUGCUUCCUGAGGCGUGACUGGCGGUGAGAGACUACUGUCAUUGGCGUGACACCGAAACAAAGAUAUGCCCAGCCUAAUUGGAUAUCAUUAAACUAUUGUCAGAAUUGUGGCCCUGACAAAGAAGAAAAAUAUGAAAAGAAUUAAGAAUAGAAUCAGGCUGUAAAUAAAUGAACUGAAUCCAGCCUUGCGUGUUAGGUAACAUAUAACCUGAAUCCAGGGACUGGGGGCUACGAGGCAGCCCCACUUGGGAACAGUGGGGUUGGAGUCUACAGUUGUAAAGUGAUCAUAAACCGGGGGUCCGGUGUCCUCAGUGUUGCAAAUAAAAUUGCCUUAGAUGUUGAUUGCUCCAGAGGUGUUUUGGUCAAAAUUUUUGGUUUCAUAUUAUCUACUAAGCGGAUGAGCUUGUUGGUUUGGGAUAAUCAAUUUGCUUGUGAUCACAGCCCCAAUUUGCUUGGAUGAUAAAACUCUCAUUUGGCCCUUACAUAUAAAAAUAAUGAACUAUCAUCAAGCCAGUGUGGCUCAGUGGAUUGAGUGUCAUCCCAUGGACUGAGGUCCUGGUUCGAUUCCCUGUCAGA